UCAGUGUGGGGCAGCGCUGGGCGGGGGUGUAGCUAUCUGGUUUGGUUGCUAUGGCCCUGGCUGGGUGGCUGCAGCGUUACAGGGGCACUUCGAGGCCAGUCCCUCCCACAAGGAGCCAAUGGGAAUGUGGGAGGAAGCAAGUGACCCAGUGAUGGGGAAGAAGGAUAAAAAUGAGGAGCGGAAGGAGAGAAUCCUGAAUCUCACACUGGAGAUUAUCUAUCUGCUGACUGGAGAGGGCUACGUCAUCCCUAAGAAGAAGAGCCCAACUGUGGGUUUGGGGGCCCUGCAUGCCCCUGGCUCCGUCAUACAGAAGGAAAAUGACAAGAAGAUCCUGGAACUCAUCUCCAACAUCAUCCAGCUGCUGACUGGAGAGGUUGCCAUAAGGUGUGAGGAUGUUUCCAUCUAUUUUUCCUUGGAGGAGUGGGAGUAUAUAAAAGGAAACAAGGCCCUUUACAGGGAAGGGAUAAAGGAGGAGGAGCCCCAGCAGCUCCGCCCACUGGACGGUGAAUCUGAAGGUAAGAGAGAGAUUCCAGCUGAGCUGAAAAGGACGUUAUAUAAUACUGACCCAAGAAACACAGAGGCUGAAGAAGAAGAUUUCUGUGAAGAUGACAAUCUUACAACUGAAAUGUCUCCAGUGGAACAGCCCUCACCAGCCAAUGGGAUUAAAGAGGAGGCAGCUUCAUGGGAAGGGGGAAACCAAUCAGAUUGCAGCAUUAAUCCCCUUACAGAACAGAUACAGGGAACAGACACACCUACUCCUAUCAUGGGGUGCAGCCUGAAUAACAGCUCGGCAGAUAAUUAUAUAUCAAAUGGGAUUAUGGAGGAGGAGGAGGCGGCGGCUUCUUGUGAGGGAGGAAACCAAGCCGAUUGCAGCAUUAAUCCCCUUACAGACCAAACAGAGGAGACAGAGACCCCUACUCCUAUCAUGGGGUGCAGCCUGUAUGACAGCUUUAUAGCUAAUUAUAUAUCUAAUGCUAUUAAAGAGGCGUCGGCUUCAUGGGAAGGCCGGGACCAAUCAGAUUGCAGCAUGAAUCCCCUUGCAGAGCAGAUACAGGGAUCAUAUGCACCAGCUUCUAUUAUGGGGUGCAGCCUGGAUUUCUGCCCUUCAGAAAUGAUGUGCAGGGAAAGCAGCAAGUUCCUAUACACGUCUAAAAUAAGAACCACGACGCUGCCGGCGAUAUAUAACUGCGCCGUUUGCCAUAAGGGCUUCAGCAGGAAGAAGAAUCUGGUGAGGCACGAGAGAAUCCACACGGGCAUCAACACGUUCUCGUGCCCCGAGUGCGGGAAAUGCUUCGCACAGAAAGCGCACCUCAUUGUGCACCACAGAACUCACACCGGAGAGAAACCCUUCGCCUGCUCCGACUGCGGCAAAUGCUUCCGCCAAAACUCCCAGCUGAACGCCCACCAGCGGAUCCACAAGGGGGAGAAGCCGUUCUCGUGCUCCGAGUGCGGCAAACGUUUCACACUUCGCUCCCACCUCAUCGUGCACCAGAGAACUCACACCGGGGAGAAGCCGUUCUGCUGCUCCGAGUGCGGCAAAUGCUUCUCCGACAAAUCGCAGCUGAACGUGCACCACCAGCGCCACACGGGGAAGAAGCCGUUCUCUUGCUCCGAAUGCGGCAAGUGUUUCACCGCGCGGGCGAGCCUCAACGCACACCAGAAAAUCCACUUUGGCGGGAAAACCUUCGCUUGCCCCGAAUGCGCCAAAUGCUUCACGCACCGCUCGCAGCUGAAUCUGCACCUGAAAAUUCACACAGGGGAGAAACCUUUCUCUUGCUCCAAAUGUGGCAAAUGCUUUGCGCGCCCCUCCAAUCUGGCCUCGCACCACAGAGUUCACCAUUAAUACUGUUUGUAACAAGGCCGGAAGUCUCUAAUGAGAACUUUAAUUGUUGUAAAUUCACAUUAAAGGGGAACUCCACCCCGAACACAACUUACGUUUUUUUUGAAAAGUAAACAUCAUUUCAAGCGAC